GUCGUUGUAGGUGACUUAUCUCCCUCUGAAUUCAAGGUAGAUAUGCUGAAUGUGUGUACUGGCUAACCAGCGUUAGAUAUAACUCAGAGGUCACUGUUUUAAAUCUUGCCAGAUUUGAGGAUCAUAGUCAGACACAGGGUCAAAGGUGAAGAUGUCUGGAGAUAUACCCCUCAAUAUCAACAUCAAGGAGCCCCGCUGGGACCAGGGCACCUUUAUGGGCCGAGCCCAGCAUUUCUUCAUGGUGACGGACCCCAGGAACGUGCUGCUGUCCGGCCCCGUUCUAGAGGAUGCCCGCGUCACCAUAGAGAACUACAGACAAGGUAUUGUGAAACCUGGACUGACAGAGGAUGAGCUCUGGAGAGCCAAGUACGUCUACGACUCGGCUUUCCACCCCGAUACUGGCGAGAAGAUGAUUCUGGUUGGACGCAUGUCUGCCCAGGUGCCCAUGAACAUGACCAUCACUGGCUGCAUGCUCACCUUCUACAGGACAACCCCAGCAGUGAUCUUCUGGCAGUGGGUCAACCAGUCCUUCAACGCCGUGGUCAACUACACCAACCGCAGUGGCGACGCUCCCCUGACAGUGAAUCAGUUGGGCGCAGCUUAUGUCAGCGCCACGACUGGAGCAGUCGUCACAGCACUGGGCCUGAAGUCUCUUGCUAAGCACCUGCCUGCCAUCAUGAGCCGCUUUGUGCCCUUUGCUGCUGUCGCCGCGGCCAACUGCAUCAACAUCCCCUUCAUGAGGCAGAGGGAGCUGAAGUACGGCAUCCCCAUCACCGACGAGGAGGGCAAACGCCUGGGCGAGUCCACCAAGGCGGCCCAGCAGGCCAUUGUGCAGGUGGUGGUGUCCCGGAUUGGCAUGGCCGUGCCAGCCAUGGCUAUCCCUCCUGUUAUUAUGAAUGCACUGGAGAAGAAAGCCUUCAUGAAGCGCUUCCCCGUGCUCAACGCUCCAGUCCAGGUUGGCUUGGUGGGAUUCUGUUUGGUGUUUGCUACUCCUCUGUGCUGUGCACUAUUCCCCCAGAAGAGCUCCAUGAGUGUGAGCAGCCUAGAGCCGGACGUUCAGGAGCGAUUACGAAGCAGCAGCCCCCACAUCUCUACCGUCUACUUCAACAAGGGCCUGUAGACACCCCCCACCACCUCACCCUCCACCUCACUCCAUAGAGCACCCCAAUCAGAGGGUACAACCCCCCCUCCCCCUCCCUCAGCAGAUGACUCGAAGGGUCCCAUACAAAUGUGUUCAUACUUUGAUAUUUUGUACUUCAGUGUUAAGUUAACUCCUCUGAUCCUCAUCUCCAUACAAAGAAGAAAAAUGCCCUGAACUAUGCUGGAAGGAUGUCAUUAGGUCUGACACAGUGUGUGUGUGUGUGUGUGUGUGUGUGUGUGUGUGUGUGUGUGUGUGUGUGUGUGUGUGUGUGUGUGUGUGUGUGUGUGUGUGUGUGUGUGUGUGUGUGUGUGUGUGUGUGUGUGUGUGUGUGUGUGUGUGUGUGUGUGUGUGUGUGAAUAUAGCUUUAUGGAUACAGAGAUGAUGAGUGGGAUCAAACAUUGGUGCGAUUUUGUGCUACCCAUCUCUUAGAUUUGGAAUGAGUGAGUGGGUGUGUUGUGGUCGUAGGAUGGGGAAAGGUGGAUAUUGACAUAUUGCUUAUAACGAUUUAUCCUUUUGCAACUGAGCUUUGCUUGCUUGCUUUAUGUAUUUAUUUUUGUCUUGAGUUUUGCUGUUUUCUUUUCAUGUCUAUUUAUUUAACUCGUAUUUAUGCUUUUUUUGAGUUGCUUCUUUUUGUGUUUCACAGUGCUUGGUCAAUCCUAUUCUUGGUGAUGCAGAUCAUUACCACUGCGUCAUCUGGUCCCCUACUUCUGUUACACAUAUUUUUUACUUUUCAAGAAGUAUGAACUUUCAACUUACAGGUUAUAACUUUUUCGCUCGCUCGCUCGUUCGCUCUCGCUCACUCACACACACACACACACACACACACACAGAGCAUGCUCUGUCCUGUGCUCACAGAAGUGCUCUUAAACUCCAUGUCCUUCACACACACUCAGUAGCAGGUUCUAAAUGUCUGUACAAGCCCACCUGUUUCUUUUCGCUCUCGGCGUCUCUUGCCUCUGUUGGGUGUGUGUUGGUGAGCACGAGUCCCUCUCUUUAGCAAGUACACCCACAUCUGUUACAAGUUGGCAAGAACCCACCAGCGUCCUCAGGUCAGCCCCUGACCAACUAAAUUGGUUAGCCCCUGGGACCCUUAGUGUCCCCUUGGCUGUAAACAUUAAUGGUUGAAUUUUUGAUGUAUAGUAAGUGUGUCUGACAGAGAAUGUCUUGACUUGACCAUCUAAUGAUUGUGGUGUGUGGUUACUGAAUAUUUAUGGUGGCUAUAUGUUUUACUCAAGUAAUUUCGUACUUUGUGGGACUUAUAUGUAUUCUCCCUUUCCCCACACCCACUGAAUGCACCUCUCUGUUAACACUUGACUUGACUCAUUUACACGCUUCGUCAUUGUAGAGUUUGCAUUAGCAGAACCGCGUCACAUGGUCUGCUAGCAGUUUCUCUUCAGCGCACUGACACAGGCAAUAGCACUGUUGCUAGCAGAUGUUAAUAGUAUAUUAAUAGUAUAUUAAUAGUAGGACUAGUUUGUGUUUGUUUAAUCAAGAGAUGUUGAGACGUGCAGGGUUAAGCAGCCGUUGACCGCCAGCCAAACAGAUCAAACUGUGUGCAGUGGUUAUAUGAUGUGCUUUUAUGACCGUGGCUAUUUAAUUGUCAGAUCAUCGACUAUAAUCAUUGUUUUUUUUUAUUAGCUUCUUAGCUUCACUUUAAUCCAAAAUCUGUCUUUGUACUUGGUAAGGAAAAUAGUUUUCUGAAACGUAGUGCUCUAUUCUUGUGUUGUACUGUUGAAGAAAAAUGUAAUGCACUACCUGUUGUAUCCAUUAGGUGGCGUCAGAAGCACAACCAUCCUAAACAUCCUUUAUAGAUUUACUUAUGUGUGCAGUGUGUGCUUUGUAUGUGUUAGUGCUUUAAUAUUGUGAUGAGGGAUUGUCUGUGGAUUUGUUUGGGCCUAAACCAGUGCACUCCUAGAAGCUCUUCUGUACGUUUAAAAUGCUGUGUUGGCUGUUUUUUCUUUUUAUGAACUGAAACUGGUGGAACUAUUAUGCAAAGAAGACCUAUGAUUGAUAAUUUAAAAAGGGCACUAGCUGGCCCAUUUGUGCAAACUGUUGUUGGUUGAUAUGUUAUGCACAAAUAUACACAUCAUCUUCUUCCGGUUUGUGUGGCCUGCUGUUAUAAUCAGGCGAUAGACAGGCUCUGGCUUGUAGACCACGUAUCUGUGCGAGAUGAUGGAAAUGUGAUCCACAAGGUUAAAUCGAUGGGCAGAUAAGUAACCUACAAUGUCCAGCUACUACCGUGUGUCACCAUCUUCUAUUUGAGGAAAUCAGUUGUCAUUUCAAAGGCCGCGGUGGAGGGGUCUUCUUGUCCCUGAAUGAAGUCUUGCACUAAGACCAUGACCUACUACAAGUAGACAAACUGCAGUACAUGAGAAGGCUGCUAUCUUGUUCAAAAAAGUAAUGCAAUAUCUUUCAUGUUCUAUAAUGUAUUUUAAGAGUGGUGUUUAACAUGCUAUAUCGAUAUAUAUCUUUAUAACUCAUCUUGUUGCACUUGUGUCACACUCACCGAUUUGUUUUUCAUUUGCUGUUUUUCAUGUGAACUGACAUCUGGCAUUUUAGAACAAAAUCCGCCUUUCAGAAGUAUGUUGAAUAUACAGUAUAUAUUGAAUGUUCAAGUAUAGAGUCCUGAGGCUUUGAGUUUCUGUGCAUUUUACAGUUCAAGAGGCCCAGCCAAAGAUAAUGUAUGUGUAACCAAUGACAAAACGUAUAGCAGUGACAAACUACGUAAGCACAAUGUGUCUUUGAGUGAGAGUUGCUCCAGCUUUAAGUCAGGUGUGGCUGUUAAUGCAUUAAGCUGCAUAAGACAGGAUUAAAGUACUCGCGCACAUGAAUGUCAGCACAACACCACUCACACGUCAGUCACUUAAGGGUGCUCAUUCAUUCAUUCAUUCAUUCAUGUGUUUUGUUCGUUUGCAUUUUGUAUUCAUUUGGAAGACAUGUUACAUCUUCAUGAGAUGUAUUUACCCUGAACAAUGAAAUAAUAAAGUAUAUUAUACCAAUU